AUGUUGUAUGCAAAUCAGUCGCAAACCAACAUCACUGUUGGACUGCAGUAUCAGGAGCUACUGGGAACAGUGUUGUUUGCCAUUCUGACUUCAGUGCCAUGCUGUGUGUGUCUUUCCAUUAAUGGGACCAUGUUAUUCACCUUGAGGAGUAAACCUGUGUUUCGAGAGACCUCCCGUUACAUUCUUCUGUAUAACCUCCUUUUUGCAGACACUGUACAAUUGGCACAGAGUCAGUUAAUGUACAUUCUGGCUGUUUGUAGAUUAAGGCUGACCUAUCCUGUGUGUGGUUUUCUCACCAUGCUCGCCAGUCUCACAAAUAAGAUCUCUCCUCUCACACUGGUGUUGAUGUCUCUGGAGAGAUAUGUAGCUGUGUGCUACCCACUGAGGCACGCUACCAUCAUCACUAUCAGAAACACUGGGGUGGCUGUUAUUGUGGUUUGGGCAUUUAGUUCAGUAAAUGUCCUCACUCAAGUUUUAUUGAUGUUAAAUUUUUAUUUUGAAAACCCAGAGAUCCUGCAGAUGAAAGACUUUUGUGGCAAAGACAGUGUGAUGCUUGAUCCAAUAUCAGAUGUUUAUGAUAAAGCCUACACUUGUUUUUUGUUUAUAUCAGCCGCUAUGGUAGUCACUUGCUCCUAUGUUGGUGUGAUGAUAGCAGCCAGAUCAGCCUACACAGACAAAGCUUCAGCCCAUAAGGCACGUAACACACUGCUGCUGCACCUCGUGCAGCUGGGCCUCAAUCUUUCCUCAACUAUACACAACCCAUUGCUUAUAGCUAUCUCAAAAAUCCUAGACAGGAUAACAAGUGUGCGCAUACAGAUUGUCCUUUAUGUGUGUAUUAUCAUCCUUCCCAGAUGUCUGAGUGCUCUAAUCUAUGGAAUCAGAGACCAGACCAUCAGACCUGUUCUCAUAUACCAUCUGUAUCAUCUGUGCUGUCAGUGGAGACGCUCACUGUUUCUCUAA